UCCGCUUACAGAUUCUGAAAAUUGGCAAGUGCUCCGUUUCUUGUUUCCCAAGUUCGACGUUUAAUCAACAGCUCAACGCUAACGCGUUUCCUCAAAUAACCAUAAAAUCCUAAGUUUUACACUUCAAUUUAGUUUCCAUCCAGAAAUCAAUUUAAUUAUAUUAUAAUGAUAUUUUCUAAGCUAUCUCGUCAAGUUUCGCGAUCCUCUGCUUCUAUUAAUGUAUUGCGUGGUAGUGGUGGAAGAUCGGCUAUUUCAAGAUUAACAGGAGGAGGAGCAGGAGGAGUUGGCUUUUCAGAGAGAAUUGAUGGAGGAUUAGGGUUUGUCAGAGGAUAUUUAGCUUCAAUUGGAGCUAAUUCUAAAAAAUCUUACUUAUCUGAUUGGAAUUACCUUCUUGCUAACCCUAGAAUUGGACGUCUUUUCUCCAGCAAAGCUCCGAAGAAGAAAAAUUAUGAGAACUUCUCUCCCAAGGAGAAGAAGGAAGCACCAAAAGGGAAUGGGCAGAAAUCUGAAUCCAAAGAUGACGAAUGGAGCUUCGAUAAGAAAUUCAUCAGGCAAUCCAAUUUGCUGACCGCUUUAGUAGUCAUUGGGGCACUUCUACCCUUUGCUUUUGGAUCUCAUGAAGAGCAACAGAUUAGUUUCCAAGAAUUCAAAAAUAAGUUUCUUGAACCAGGUUUAGUCGAUCAUAUAGUUGUUUCCAAUAAAUCAGUUGCAAAAGUGUAUGUAAGGAGCUCAGCCCCGAAGCCACCAACUGAUGAACUUGUGCAGGGUCCCAUUAAUGGUGCCCCUGCUAGAGGACAUGGCGGCCAAUACAAAUGCUACUUCAAUAUCGGAAGUGUCGAAUCUUUUGAGGAUAAGUUGGAGGAAGCCCAAGAAGCAUUAGGGAUAGACCCUCAUGACUAUGUUCCCGUUACAUAUGUCUCUGAAAUAGCUUGGUUCCAAGAAUGGAUGAAGUUUGCACCAAUACUCUUACUUUUGGGAAGCCUGUACAUGGGACGUAGGAUGCAAGGUGGAUUAGGCGUUGGCAGUGGUGGCGGAGGCGAUGGAAAGAAUAUCCGUGGAAUAUUCAACAUAGGGAAGGCUCAUGUGACCAAAGUGGAUAAAAAUGCUAAGAAUAAGGUAUAUUUCAAAGAUGUUGCUGGCUGUGAUGAGGCGAAGCAGGAAAUCAUGGAGUUUGUACACUUCCUCAAGAACCCAAAGAAGUAUGAGGAACUGGGAGCUAAAAUUCCGAAAGGUGCUCUUUUGGUUGGUCCUCCAGGAACUGGAAAGACCCUUCUAGCAAAGGCAACUGCAGGGGAAUCUGGAGUGCCUUUUCUGUCCAUUUCUGGUUCAGAUUUCAUGGAGAUGUUUGUUGGUGUUGGACCGUCCAGAGUGAGAAACUUGUUUCAACAAGCUAGGCAGUGUGCUCCUAGUAUUGUAUUUAUUGAUGAGAUUGAUGCGAUUGGCAGAGCGAGGGGGCGUGGGGGCUUCUCAGGUGGCAAUGAUGAGCGAGAAAGUACUCUUAAUCAGUUACUGGUCGAAAUGGAUGGCUUUGGAACUACUUCUGGAGUUGUUGUGCUUGCUGGCACUAAUAGGCCAGACAUUUUAGACAAAGCUUUGUUGAGACCAGGCCGAUUUGAUCGUCAAAUAUCCAUUGAUAAGCCAGAUAUUAAAGGCCGUGAACAGAUAUUUAAUAUCUACCUGAAAAAAAUAAAACUUGAUCAUGAGCCAUCAUAUUAUUCGCAAAGGCUCGCAGCCCUCACUCCUGGAUUUGCUGGGGCAGAUAUUGCAAAUGUUUGUAAUGAAGCUGCACUAGUAGCUGCUAGGUGUGAAGGUUCACAGGUGACAAUGGACAAUUUUGAGGCAGCAAUAGAUAGAAUAAUUGGUGGUUUGGAGAAGAAGAACAAGGUAAUAAGCAAGCAGGAGCGCCGAACUGUUGCUUAUCAUGAAUCAGGUCAUGCUGUUACUGGCUGGUUCUUGGAACACGCAGAACCUCUUCUAAAAGUGACAAUUGUUCCGCGUGGUACUGCUGCCCUUGGAUUUGCACAGUAUGUUCCUAAUGAAAACCUUCUCUUGACUAAGGAGCAGCUUUUUGAUAUGACAUGCAUGACCCUUGGAGGUAGAGCAGCUGAACAGGUAUUGUUGGGGAAAAUCUCGACCGGAGCUCAAAAUGACUUGGAGAAAGUGACAAAAAUGACUUAUGCCCAAGUAGCAGUUUAUGGCUUUAGUGACAAGGUGGGGCUCCUUUCUUUCCCUCCAAGGGAAGAUUCAUACGAGAUGUCCAAGCCCUACAGCAGUAAGACUGGGGCGCUGAUUGACGGUGAAGUGCGAGAAUGGGUGGGAAAGGCAUACGAGCGAACAGUCCAACUUAUCGAAGAACAUAAAGAACAAGUGGCUCAGAUUGCGGAGCUGUUACUUGAAAAAGAAGUUCUUCACCAAGAUGAUUUGGUUAGAGUUUUGGGUGAACGACCUUUUAAAUCAAGUGAGGUUACAAACUACGACAGAUUUAAAGAAGGGUUUAAAGAGGAAGAGAAGGUUACAGAAAUCCCAGUCAUUGGUAACGAGGAUGAUGGUACAUCCAUACCAGUUGCUGCAGCUUAACUUUUCAGAUUCUGGAGGGUUAUGUACAUUUUUUUCAUUGUACCUGAGUUUUUGUAUAAUUGCAAUUUAUGAUCAUAGUAUCACUCUAAAUUCAAAAUUAUAAAAGAGAUUGUUUUCUCA